GGGCAACAUUGCAAGUGGGAAGACGACGUGCCUGGAGUUCUUCUCCAACACAGCAGGCAUUGAGGUGUUACAGGAGCCAGUGCCCAAGUGGAGAAAUGUCCGCGGUCAUAAUCCUCUGGUGGGUGUGUUGUCUCCUGCAUGCACAGCCAGCUUCUGCCUAAGUGUAGGGAAUGGUGGUGCUGGUGCCAGAGCCCGCCUCCUCCCUGCACAGGCCUUUUCCUGGCUCUUCCCUGGGCUGGAGGAGAAGAGGGAAGGAGACACAUGGAAAACGGCAGCAUAUUCAGGUUCUGAGGCCAAGGGUCUCUGAGGCGAGCGCUGGAAUUUCAUUUGUUAGCACCAAGAGAAAAAAACAAAAGCAAAAAUGUGGAAAAGAGCAGAAUUUAAGAUUAUUAGCAAGAGGAAUAUGGAACAUGGACUGUUUUAUAUGUACCGGCAAGAGAAAAUGAUGGGCAUGGGGCUGAUCUUUUGGAUAAGAUAUCUGGGGAAGGCAUUUCUGCUCAGGUGACAUUGGAGCACAGACUUAAACAUAGGGAGGGAGUGAGCAGUGGAGAGAACGGAGCAAGAGUGUUCUCUUAGAAGGCACAGCAAAUGAAAGGCCCUGAGGUGGGGUCAUGCUUGGGUGUUUGGGGGAACACUCAGGAGGCUCCUGUGGUUGGAAGCACAUUGAGUCAGAGGAAGGAUGGUAGGAGACAAGAGAAGAUGCAAGUGAUUUCCUAGGGCCCUGUGGGCCCUGGUAAGGGCUUUGGAUUUCACUCUGGAUGCAACGGGAAGCCACUGGAAGGUUGUGAGUAGAGGAGCAACAAGAGCUGAUUGAGGUUUCUCAGGCGCACGUUGACUGCUGGGUGGAAGAGUGACUGCAGGGGGCUCCCCAAACACUUGUUAAGUGACCAAGGUCUGAUGUACCGCGAUGCCUGUCGGUGGGGCCUCACACUGCAGACGUACGUGCAGCUCACCAUGCUGGACCACCACACUCGUCCUCAGACAUCACCUGUGCGGUUGAUGGAGCGGUCGAUUCACAGCGCAAGAUAUAUUUUUGUAGAAAACCUAUAUAGAAGCGGAAAGAUGCCUGAAGUGGACUAUGUGAUUCUGUCGGAAUGGUUUGACUGGAUUGUGAGGAACAUCGACGUGUCCGUUGAUUUGAUAGUGUAUCUCCGGACCACCCCUGAGACCUGUUACCAGAGAUUGCGGCUGAGAUGCAGGGAAGAGGAGACGGUCAUUCCCUUGGACUACCUGAAUGCUAUUCACCACCUCUAUGAGGAGUGGCUCAUCCACGGGGGCCUUUUCCCUGUGGCAGCCCCUGUUCUGGUGAUUGAGGCUGACCACGACGUGCAGAAAAUGUUAAAACUCUUUGAACAAAACCGGGACCGAAUAUUAACUCCAGAGAAUCAGAAACAUGGUUCAUAGGAUGGGGAAGAUCAUGCCAGAAAAAUGCUGCCAAGUUAGCUAUUAGGAGCAAUUUGGACAUGUCCACUCUCAAGAGGGCUUGAUAUCUGGCCACAUUUGUUUUCCUGAUGGUCUUCUCCUCUUUGCCAGUGUCUUCAUCCUGGGUCUCUGGCCCUUGAGGGUAAAUGACAAAUGGGACCAAUGGGUUUGUCAUGCCCUUUGGUGUUUGCAGCCUUGCAUUCCCCAGCACCUCUCCUGCUGGUUUCCCCGCUGCUGGGUCCCUGUGAUUAAGGGAAGAGCCGCCUGAAGUAAUGCUGGGCUUAGGGUCUCUAACCCUUCUGACCACCCAGGAGGGUGAGGUAGUGGCCUCACAUCCCAGGGAAGAAGUCGAAGCUCAGAGAGGCUGAGAGACUCCCCCAGGGUCACACAGCCAGGGACAGUGGCAUUGGCACAGUUCAGACAUUCUCGGCCUCCUCCUGAGAGCCUGCCUUCCCUUGAUAGAGAUCUCGUGUGUGUAUGGGGAGAGUCGGCAGUGCACGGAGUCAGUGCCAUCAUUUUCUCAUUAUCUGAGCACUUCGCGAGGACAGUCGAUGCUCUUAGACUUUCACAAAAUUGGGUCGUGUUUGGCUUGAGCUCAGUGUUCAGUGGUUUCCCAGCAGGAGGCUGCUGUGGCAUUGACCACCUCGGCAUCUGCACUUCCAUGUCCUUAGGAGAAUCCUGUGCAGGCUUCUGACUGGUGCUCGGUCUCCUUGGUGAUGAAGGCCUUGCCGGAGCUGCUGUCACUUCUCCGUCUUGGUGCCUGGGUGGUUUGCCCAGGGUCAGGCUGGGGAAGGGGCCCGCUGGCCCUGGCUUCUGAGGCCUCCGUACUCUGUACUGGCCUUAUGUGAAGAGCUUUGCCCUUGGAAUUACUGAGAGUUUGGGGCCCCGGGGAGAGACACAAGUGGCCUUAAGUCUUUCUGAAAUGUUUUUCCAUCCAAGGAGACCCUUGGACCAUACAGCAUGAAAUCAUCUUUAUUGGUUCGGAAAAUAUCCUAGCUUCCUUCAGCUGCAACAAUACAUCAAAGCCACCGCUGUCUCUUGAAUCAAGUGGGAAGUGAGAGAAAGAAGGAACAUUCUUUUAAGGGGGGCAGUCUGGACUGGAAGAUCAGGGCUUGCAAGCAAAGGCUCUUGGAGCCCUGGUGCUCCGGUAUUUUGGAGGUGGGUGGAGAGAGCUUCAAGAAGACUGGUGGUAAACAUGGGGAAGGGUCAGUUGUGACUUUGGGGAAACAGGCCUCAGCCUCUCCCGAGCAGCGGUUGGCAUCGACGAGGGUUGGAAGGCCUUGUCCCGGCCUCUGCCUGAGUGUGGUACCUGUGCGUGCGGCUCUCUGACUCGACGUGGGUGACCGGAGCCCUGGUGGUCCUGGCCCAGAGGGAGGCAAGCACUGUGACUCCUGGACCAGUUCUUGGGCUCCGUGGGCAGGAUGAGGGGCAGCAGCCCAGCGGGGACGUGUCUCUCGGCCCGAAGGUCAGGGACCGACCAGAAGUUGGGGGGAGGUGAGGGCCUGUGCUGCCCGGUGUCUUGACGAGCCAGGGCAGUCUUUGGGAAUUUGUAAGUGAACAGUCCAGGAUUUUCCCCCACAGCUCAAUUUGAGCAUCUGUUUUGGGGGAAAUGUGAUUUUUUUUUGGGGGGGGGAAUAUGACUAAAGAAAGUAAAGUCUUGCCCUGUGGUCGCCAAUAAAUCCUUCACCUAAAACCUGAUGUUAAUCUUGGCUUGCUACCUAGGCCAGUGAUUUUAGCCCCCCGCAACAGCAUCCUUUUGCCAGUAGGAUAAUGUGUUUUCAUUUUUUUAAACUCCAUCUUUCCUAACACGGGAUGUAUGUAUGGGUCCAGGAGAGCUCACCAUCCUCUUGCUCUGGCACGUGGAGCGGAUGCCGUGUGUCUGCAGCGGCCAGGGCAGGGGGCCGAGAUCUCGCAGGCCAGCUGUGUCCCACGAGAUGGCUGGUGCCUGGCUUGCAUGGACGUGGGUUGCUCUCCCUGUGCGGCAGGCAGGGCUGGUGGCACCGGGGGGCGCGGAGCAGCUCUAAAAGCCAGGGUACAAAGAGGGCAGAUGGCACAUGGUAGGCAUGGGGCCUAGUUUUAGAGCAGAGGGGAGGCACGCUGCGGGGGCUCUCAGGAAUGGCUGGGAGGAGCAUGGCGGGGCUGGCGUCUCCAAAUUGCCAACAGAGCAAGCCAGGGCAGUGACAUCCCCGCUUGGCUGGUGUCGCCCCAUUCUUACCCUGAGGUGGGGUUCCGUAGGGCAUAAUGGGAGUAAGUUGCAGAGCGGCCCCAGCUGCUUUUGACUCUUGGUAAUUAAAAAUUUUUUUGGAAUAGCACAUAGGUUUUGGUCAGCAUUUUUAGUGAAAUAAUUCUAAUUUACACGUCACCUUUUUAAUUUUAUAUGCAAAAGACAUGAUUAGAAUCAUUCAGAAAUAUUUCAUGUACCUGGUGAUUAAAAAAAAAUGAGAUAGAAGUG